AUGCAAGACACCGCAGCGGCCGAGGCCGCUGAAGUCGCCCCGCAGCGUUCCGCGGGAACCGCGGAGCCUCCGCAUCCGCCCCUCCGCGAUCCCGACAAGGCCAAGCACACUGGCAACCACCCACCUCCCGCGGAGCAGCGCCGCGCGCACACCCACCAGCCCGCACACUCCCCCUAUCGCGACGCCCCUCCGCCGCCAAACCCGCUGCACCGCGCGUCACAGCCGCCGUCCGCGAGCCCUCUCCGUCCGCCGCGGCCACGUCACCAUUGGCGAUCCGCGUCAGUCAGCGCGGCGGAAGAUAUUGCAGCGGCGGCGGCAGCAGCAGCCGAUCCCGACGAUCACGGCGCCAUACGCGCCGAGGAUGACGGCGAAAUUGCAGUCACGUGCUUCGGCGCGCCCGGCAGUCGCGGGCACGCGUGGCUCGGCGGAAAGGCGUCCGCCGUAAGCGGCGCCCCCGCCGCGGCGCUGGCGCCGUCCGCCUCGAAGCGAUGGCGGCGGCUCAGGGAGCAAUGGGGGCAGGCGGAGGGGCAGGGGGCGGGGGAGACUGGAGAGGGGGAGGAGGAGGAUGAGCGGUCGGGGGCGGGGAGGGAACACACCGCACCGAGCGCUGCGAGCAGCGGGGGUAGCGGGGAUGCGGGCGGGGGUGCGAGUGGCGCAGAGGCUGGUGGCGCAGACGCGGGGAAAGCAGCGCUUCCGGAGAAAAAGACAGGGCUGAGGGGCAGAGCGGGGCCGUGGGGUUUCCGCUCCUUGUCCGCCAGCGCCACUUCUACCCCGGCUUCCGAACCUGCCUCUUCCGAAGCUACUUCCGAGGCUGGGCCCGGGGCAGGGGAGAGGGGGGUGGUGAUGAACCGACGCAGUGCGGUGGUGAUGAUGAUGCGAUCUGUCUCCACCAGCCACGCACGCUCGUCGCCCUCGCCCGCUCUCCCCGACCCCCCUUCGUCCCCCUCCCCAUCCUCCUCCUCCGCCUCCUCCUUCCCCACGGUCCCCUCCUCCUCCGCGGCCUCCUCCGUGUCGCUCUCUGCCCCGCGCCUGCCUUAUCUCUUCUCACUGGUCAAGCGCCCGUCCUUCACGCGGACCACUGCAAGCCGCGCUGCUGCUGCUGCUGCCAGCAGCGACAGCAGCAGCGGGGAGAUCGGCGGCAGCAGUGGCGAUGGGGGUGGCGCUGGCGGUAAGGAGGACACCGCGAGCAGAGGAGGGGUGGGUGGGGGGGAAGGAGACCCGCCCGCACCUGACAGCUCGCAGGACGAAGCCCUCUCAGAGGCAGCAGAACGCCACAGUGCUACCACCGCCGCCGCUACCACCACCACUGCCGUUGCCGCUGCUGCUGAGCGCAGCGACAGCAGGGCAUGGAGCGGCGAGCUGCAGCGAGGUGCUGCUGGCCCUGCAGCCCUGCUGCGCAUGCCCAAGUCCCGCUCUGUCUCCGCCGCCCUGCCCUCCCGCCCUCCCCCCACGCGCCCAGCGCCACACGCAGGGAGGCCGGAAGCAGACAUACCAGGUGACCGCAGCACGAGUUCAGAAAGGGGGGAGCGUGGGCAGGGUGGUGUGCGGGGCGAGGAGUCAACAGGCGCGGGUGGCAGGCAGGUGAGAGGGCACCGCUACAGCAAGUCCCUGCAGCACGUGCCUGCACCGCUGCCCCUGUUACACGGUGGGGACGCUGGAGCGGGGGAACGCGGGGCGUCCGCCAUGAUCAGCAGCGGCGGCGGGGGUGGGGUGAAGCGUGCAGGCAGUGUGGACGGAGGGGGUGGUGGUGUGGCGGCACGGGAGGGUGCGGUGGCGGUGAGGGCGUGGGAGUGGGGUGCAACGGAGGCAGAGCGGUGGUUGGACGUGCACUCGCGCCCGCCUUCCGCUGCCAGUAGUGUCGACCACCCCCUCUCCGCCCACAUCUCCCACACGCGCACCCCCUCCCCUGCGCCCACCGCACCAGCUGCCACUCCUCCCGAGCCUGUGCAGCGAAUCAGCUCCUUGCCCGGAGCGGCUUUACGGCCAAGAUUGGCCAAGCUGCCUGGUUCGGGGUUAGGCUCGGUGGCGAGGGGAGGUGUGGCGCCGCUGGUUGGCGCAGCAAGGAUGUUCCGCAGCGCCAGUGAGGGGGGCGCGGGGCAGAGGGGGGAAGGGCGCGCGGAGGGGGCAGGGAGCGGAGCAGCAGGGGGCGCAGGGGCAGCAGUACCGCGGCUGUCACACCUGGGGUCGUUCCGGCAGGGGCUCAGAUGGGGAGGGGGCGAGGGCGGGGGGAAGGGCGCAAGGGGGGCGGAGAGAGACGUUGUGAGCAGUGCGUCGGUGGGUCGUGGGACAGGGGAAGCAGGUGAGGGCGCAGCAGGAGGAGGCAGAACGAGUGGAGGUAGUGUGCGGGUGGUUUGCCUUACAGAGGACGUGCAGUCUGCUCGCAAUCCUUCUCCCGCCGUUGCCACUGCUGUAGAUACGGCAGCGGCAACAGCAGGUGGUGCUGCUGGUGUGGAAUCAGCAGGAUCAGGCACAUGUGCAGGAGACCAAGAGGCGUUGCCUGCAGCAGCAACGGCAGCAUGGUCGGCAGGCACAGGAGGUGGUGCUGUGGCGCUGGUGGGGGGAAAGGCUAUAGUGCGAGGUUCCAUAAUCUCGCCUCUGCGCGCACAUACCACUGCCACCACUGCCGCUCCUGCCGCUGCUGGGAGUGCCAGCAGCCGCAGCAAGGGAGAGCCACAAGAGAGUGAGCCCCUGGCUUCCUCCCCUCUCCAUGCUGCGCCUGACACUCCAGACUCAAAUGCGGACAGCCCUGGUCCCGCUGCCAGCGAGCAUGGCAGCACGGCCUCUGUGCUUACCCCUCUGGCCCCCGCACAGGUGGUCUUUGUACCCCGCCUGCUGCCACCCACCACCAUGAGAACACGCGUGCUGCGCCCUGCACCUCUGGAGUCGGACCCGUGUGUGGGUGCCGUGCUCAGACGCACUGCUGCUGGCCGCUGGGGGCACGCCGCCACCAAUAGGAGUGCUGCGCCAGGCGCAGGGGGAACAGGGGCGUCGGUGGAUGGAGAUGGCGGAGCGGGCGGAAGUGAGGGGGGUAUGGCAGCGGAGGGUCCGCCCAAGGCCAUGGUUCUGGGCGGGAUUGUGAUUGAGCGGGGGGGUGGAAUGCACAGCACGACCGGCCCUGCUUCUGAGGGGGGUAGCAGUCGGGGGCGGCACCGCGUGGGCAGGGGGACCAGGGGGCUGGGUAGCGGGAGGGAUGGAGGGGGAGGGGGAAAGGGAGAGGGGCAGGUAGGGGCGGAGGGUUGGGUGGAGGGGGGUGUGGAGCUUGGGGAAGGGAGUGUGGUGGAGCGCGGGGCGUGGGGCGGCAGAGGGGCGAGGGGAGUGUAUGGGAUGGAUAAGGUGCUAGCGCAGCUGGCACGGCUGGAAGAAGACAUGGCUGCCAAGGCGACGCGCAGUGGACGGCGGGUGGGGCUGCGUGGGGCACGCACUCAUGGGCAAGUAGGGAUAGGAGAGGGAGGGGCCUUGACGGGAGCAGCAGACGGUAGAGGAGCAGCACAAGGGCGUGGGAGGCCUGCAGCAGCCAUUCCUGACUCUGCGCCAGCCCGUGCACUGUCCCCAGGGGCAGAAGGACGUGUCGGGGACGCGGGGGUGUGUCACGGUGACGAGUGGUCAGAGGCGGUAUUGGGAGAAAGAGGGCGAGGAAGAGAGGGUGGGAGGAGGGGGGAAGGCGGAGAGAGAGACUUGGAGGUUGCACGGGAUAGAGAGAUUGGCAGGUCUGGUGGCGGCAGCAAGGGAGGGGAGCAGCGGGCGGCGGAAGGGGUAGUGGAGGAGGAUGAUGGGGAGGACAGCGAGGCAUGGGUGCAGGAGGUGCUGCGGCGCAACAAGGCACGCAUGCGCAUGGCGGAAAAAAGGGCGAUGAAGGGGCACGGUGGAGGGCACGGGGAGGACGCAGAGGAAGGGGUAGACGGAGAGCAUGAGGAGAGUGUGAGCUACAGCGAGGAGGAGGAGGCGCAGCACCGCGCAGCAGAGUGGCUGCGGCAGCAGGGCGCGCCUGAGCCGUGGGCGCACGCCCUGAGCCUGCGCCUGCACCGCCUGGGCGGCAGCUGGGAGAGCGAAGAUGUGGUGGUGGUCGACCACCGCGGCCGCCCCGUUGCUAGAGGGACCACCGGUGGCCACCGGGGCCACCGGGAGAGAGAGGGGGAGAUUGCCGGGGGAGGGUCACGAGGGGUGGGGGGUGUGGGAGGGAUGGGCAAUGGGGAGAGCAGCGGCGGGGAAGGGAGUGGGGGGGAGCGUGUGGGGGAGGGGGAGGGGCGUGGGAGGAGGUGGAGGGUGGAGUAUGAGUACGCGCCGCAGUACGAGCUGCUGCGCAUCCUGAGCGGCGGGUUUGCUGUGAGCGAUGAUGAUGCUGCGUCUGUGGCGUCAGGUGCUGUGGAUAUGAUGGUGGUGGACAUGGGGGGAGGAGCAGGCAUGGGGGAGGGCAUGGGUGCGGGUGUGGGGAUGGGUUGUGGGGUGGGAGUGGCUACGCCUAAGGGAGUGGGCCUGCUGCGCACUACGAGUGGGCGGUGGGGCAGUGGCGCGCUAGCGGGGAGACUUGGGAGUGGCAUCUGGGGGAGUGGGCGCCUUGGGAGUGGGCAGAGGACACCUCCCCCCACUUCCACCUUCCUCGCUUUGCCAAACACCACUUGCAAUUCUGAAUUUCCGCUCUUCCUACACAUCUCUGCCUGUUCCCCGUCUCACCUCUGCCCUCACCGCUCGCGUGCUCUUCCUGCUUUCUCCGCGCUUCGCGAACUCUUCCCCUCUCCCCGCAUCGCGCGCAUCCGGCGCCGUGGUUGCGCCAUGCUGGACGAUGACGUGUUCGACGACGUGGAUGGAGGCGGCGCGGACUUCAGGGAGUGGGACAGGGAGGCGCAGGUUCGCCGCGACAACUUCGUUAAGCUGGGGUACCGCGACGGCAUAACGGCGGGCAAGGAGGCGGCGGCGCAGGAGGGGUUCAACGCGGGGUUCCGCGAGAGCUGCGCGCACGGCUUCCGCUGGGGGCACGCCAGGGGACUCGCCAGUGUGCUCUCCUCGCUCCCUCCAGACGUGGCAUCCCAUGUGCGCCUCCCCUCCGCGCCCCGCCACUGCAUGGCGCAGCUUGCCCGCGCCAUGGCGCUGCAGGGGGGGGACUUGGCGGGGCCAGAGGGGCAGAGGGCGGAGCGGGGUGGGGAAGCGGGAGGAGGAGGGGGGGGCAGUGAGGGCGGCGUGGGCAGUGCAGAGGCGGGGGCGCGAGCAGAGGAAGAAAGCGCUCGUGUGGUUACAGCUGCCCUGGCUGCUGUUACUGUGGGGACUGAGGAAGAGGAAGGAGAGGGGCGCGGGCCAAGUGGAGGAGAGGGUGGCAGCACGGAGCAAGGGGGUGGUGCAAGUGGGCCCUCAGGCGCACCAGGUGCAGCACAGGGCGGGGCCUGUGUUGGGUCCAGUGGCACUGCUGCUGUGAAUUGCUGCGGUGGCGGUGUGUGUGGCAGUGGUACUGGCAGUGGCGGUGGUAAUGGCAGUAGUAAUGACAAUGGCAGUGGGUGUGGGUGCGGCAAUGGGCCAUGUGAAGCAGGGGCGCAUGCCUCGUGUGCCUGCCAGCGCGCGUCUGGAGGCGACUGUGGUGGAACCGCUGUUGCUGACAGUGCAGCAGACGGUGCUGCAUCGGUUGAGCAUUUCUCACAUGGGCUCGUGGCGGAUGGGGCAGAAAGGACGAGCGUGGCAGGGGAGGAAGACGAGAGUGUGUUGCAUGGCGACAGUCUGGAUGCUUUAAGUGCAGGAGGUCAGGGUGGAGAAAGACGGAUAAUGGAUGGAGAAGCGGGGGACAGGGUUGAUGCAGUCGCGUCUGAUUCAGUCUCAAGCGAUGCAGCCACUCCUGGUCGGACCAUGCAAGGGGAGUGCCACCUUGCAACAGCAAUGCAGCUGGUGAGCAGCCUGCAUGCAUCCAUGCAUGCACCCGCACACCCCGUUGCUGCUGCCGCAGGUGAUGUGGGGAAUGCUGCUGCAGCUGUGAGUGGUGACGCAUCUGUGCCAGCUGGCAGCAUGGCACAGGCUGGCAGGGAGAGCGGAGCAGCUGAACAGGCGGAGCGAAUAACUCUGUGGAGGAUGGUGGGGGAAGGGGUUGUUGUGGUGGAAGGGGUCAAGGUGGGUGGGGAUGUGGCGGAGGGUGGAUUGGCGGGGGCGACGGCAGCGUCAGUGGUGCAAGGUGUGCACGCCUCUGUGGUGGCAGGAGUGGCAGCACUGCUGGGGGAUGAUGAAGGGAGAGUGCCGGAAGGUCCGUAUCCUAGACUCGCCAAGCCUCCAGGCUUCAACUUAUCCGCUUCCAUUCACUCAUUCGCCGCUAUGGAGCUCGCUGCCGUCGCCUCCGCGUGCGUCCCGUGCCCCAAGCUCGCCGCGCCCACCCAUGCGGCUGCUGCUGCCGGUCACAGAUGCCACCCACCUAUCAGCUCCUCGUCGAUCACAGCCGUCGGCGUUGCGGCUAUCCGCGGCAAGAGCACAAGCAGAAGCAGAUCCGCGACGCAACGGAACGCCGGUGCAGCGCGAGCCGCCAUGGCGCCGACGGAGUACGCGGAGGGAGAGCGAGACACGCCGGAGUGGACGGGCGAGACGACGUUUUCGAGGAUGGUGAACGCGGUGAUCGGGAUCAAGCCGCUGUACGACCUCAUGAAGAUCGGCGCGCGCCAGGUGCUCAUAAGCACGGCGGAGAAGAGCGGCGUGCCGUGGCGCAAGAUAGCGGAGGAGCUGCAGCAGUCGCCGGAGCUGGUGGCGGAGAAGGAGGCGCUGGAGAAUAAGGACAUCGUCUACCCUGAAUAUUACGUGCAGCCCUUCCACGCGUACGAUCAAGGCAAUCUCUGCUGGGAGGCGGCGUACGAGGUGGAGGCGGCGACGCUGUCCAUGUGCCGGCGCGCCAUCCCGUGGGCGGACUCCGCGGAGGAGGCAGCGCGCAUCCUGCGCCUGGGGUGGCUGGACGCCAUUCAGGCGCACCACGCGGCGCACGCGGGGGGCGCGCCCGUGCAGGCGGUGCUGGACGUGGGGUGCAGCGUGGGCGUCAGCACGCGCUGGCUCGCCUCCUACUACCCCGAGGCUGACGUCACCGGUCUGGACGCAUCUGCAUACUUCCUCGCAGUGGCGUCGCUGCGUGCGAAGCAGCAGCAGCAGGACGCGGCAGUGCAGCUGCAGGGGGGCAACCCCGCCAAGCCCAUCCGCUGGGUGCACGCCCUCGGAGAGGACACUGACAUGCCCUCCAACUCCUUCGACCUCAUCUCCUUCGCCUUCGUUUUCCACGAGUGUCCACCGGAUGCCAUCAGGGGUCUGCUGGCAGAGUCCAAGAGGCUGCUCAAACCGGGUGGCACCGUCUCCUUCACUGACAACUCGCCAAAGUCAAAAAUCAUUCAGAACCUGCCAGCACCAGUGGCAGCGCUGAUGAAGUCAACAGAGCCGCAUUCAGACAGCUAUUACCUGUGCAAUCUGGAGGGCAUGAUGAAGGACCUGGGCUUCACCCACGUCACCACUGUGCUCUCUGACCCGCGCCACCGCACCGUCACUGCCACUGCUUGA